UUAACAAAAGCGGAAAAAAGUUAAAAGAAUAGAUCUAGAUCUACAUCAAAAUAGUAAUUAAAAGUUAACUUUUUAAAUUUUGAGCAGUGAUAUCUAUAUACCUGCAUUUAAUUUUUAACCACUGUCAAGAUUUCAUUCAGGUUCAUAAGGAAUCAUAAUGGUGAUGCAUGUGGAGUUACAAGCUUCUUGUAGUGCUCUAGGAUACCAGGAAGGGAAGUCAUAUGUUAAAGAGCCAGACUGUAUAGAAACUGUAAAGGAUUUAAUUCGGUUUUUGAAGCGUGAAGAUGAGACAUGUGAUAUACGUCGUCAGCUUGGUCACGCCCAGAUUGUGCAGAAUGACCUUCUACCUAUACUGAUACAGUAUAGUAACGAGGAAACUUUAUGGGAGACAGUCAUACGAUUACUGGUGAACCUUACUCAGCCAGCAAUUCUAUGUUUCAACGGCCAAAUCCCAGAAGAGAAGUCAAUGAGAAACUAUUUCUUGGAAGUUGAGUCACACUUGCAGUUGAUUAAAGAGGCUUUUAUCAAUGAGGAAGUUUUUGCUGUAAUAACUGGCAAGCUUGGAGAUAUGUUAAAAUUGGAUUGGGAACACAGACAUGAGGAACAUAGGUUAUUGAUAGAGCGUUUACUGAUCCUGAUCAGGAACAUUUUACAUGUUCCUACUAACCCUGAUGAUGAAAUGAGAACAGAUGAUGAUGCUAGUGUUCAUGAUCAAGUUCUUUGGGCUCUACAUGUUAGUGGAUUAGAAGACAUUUUAUUAUAUAUUGGAAGUUCUGAGGAGGAAAGGAAUUUGUCCAUGCACAUACUUGAAAUUGUCUCCCUUAUGUUCAGAGAACAGGAUGCUGAUACACUGGCUGCAGCAGGAGUACAAAAAUCAGAAAGUGAGAAAGUCAAGGAUGAAAGAGAAUUACAAAUGGUGAGAGAACAAGAAAAGUUGCAAAAGAAGGCCAACCAGAUGAAAUUCAGUUCAAGACACUCGCGUUUUGGUGGGACUUUUGUUGUCAAAAAUUUCAAGUCAAUCAGUGAUAAUGACCUGAUUUACCACAAAUCACAUGGAGAUGUAUCAAGAAUUAAUCUGGACACAAACAAGAAACCGAAAAAGAAGGCAAAGAAUCGUAAGCCUAUAAUUGAUAGAGAUGUGAAGAGAAGGUCUACAUUAAGCAUACGUCUGGGAUUAAAGGAGUUCUGCAUACAGUUCUUAGAAAAUUGCUACAAUCCAUUGAUGUAUGCUGUCAAGGACAUUCUGAAUCGUGAGAAGUCACAAGAACAUGAUGAGACGUAUUAUCUCUGGGCAAUGAGAUUCUUCAUGGAGUUUUGUAGACUACACAGUGGUCAGGUUGAUCUUGUCAGUGAGACGAUGUCAGUUCAGGCAUUCCACUAUAUCCAGGUACAACUGUUCCAGUAUUAUGAGAUGCAGCAAAUGGAGAAGAAAGAAGCUAUUGUAUGGGGAAAAAGAACUCAUCUUGCUCUGAAGGCGUACCAGGAGUUAUUGUUAACACUGGAUUCUAUGGACCGGUCGGGAAAUUCCACUUUAAUGGAGAGCUCUAAAGUCAUUAAGAGUAACAUAUUCUACACAAUGGAAUUCCGAGAUAUAUUCCUAACAUUACUGCGGCACUUUGAUCAGAGCAGACAAUCAAGGUCAUAUUUGAAAGAUCUUAUAGAAACUACACACUUGUUCCUGAAAAUGCUGGAAAACUUCUCUAAAAGGACAGGUCAUCUUGUUGUACAGAAGAAAAAGAAAAAAGUGGUUGGAAGAAAGAAAAAACCUAGGAAAACAGGUCAAGGUCAUGUUGAACCAAGUGAGCAAGAGUUAGAGGAUUUAUGGGACGACAUUUCAAGUGAAUUAUCGGCCAUAUUCCAGGGUCGCAGUGAUAUUCCCGACGACAUUGCUCCUUUUGAUGCUGCAUCAGAAAUAGACGUUGAUCAACAAAGGGUUGAUGCAAUGAUUCAGAUCCAGAACUGUAUGAGAGAGAAGAAGGCAGGGGAAGCAGUAGCUAUCUUCAGGGCAGCAAGGGAGGUAUGGCCUGAUCGUAAUGAAUUUGGUUCAGCAGAUAUUGCCCCAGAAGAUGAAUUCAUGGCUUUGAGAGAAAUUUUCAUGACAAAUUUACCAAGACCCACGUCAGAGAUUCCAGGUGAACCAGAUUAUGAACAAGAUGAAAUGGAAGGAGAAGAGGAGGAGAUGGUUACUAUGGAAACAUCAGAACAAGAGUUUAUUUUUAGAGACUUUGUUGUCAAAUUUGCCAAGCCAGAGGUAUUGAAGGCCUAUGUGCUGUUGACAGCAGACUUUCAGAAGAAUUCUACACACACUAACCAUUGUUGUAUUAAAAUGUUACACCGUGUAGCUUUUGAUUUGGGAUACAUUGGGAUGCUGUUUCAAAUUUCUUUAUUUCGAGUGUUCCAGAAAAUUAUGCUCACUCCUCUAGCAAAAGCUGAGAGGUAUAAGGAAAUAUAUAAAUUUGCCACACACAUAGUGCGUAGGUUUGUAGAGGUUGCAGAGAACAAUAAUAAAAUAUUUAUGGAGAUUUUGUUCUGGAAGACUAGCAAAGAUGCUAUAGAACUUGUAGAGGGAUAUGGGUCAUAUCAAAGUAAAGGUAAAGUGUUAUGGUCAGAAGAUGCUGAGAUGGAAGUAAGAAGGUUAUUUGAAGACUACAAGGAGAAUGAUGAAGAAGGAAAAGAUACUGUAGAUUGCAUCAUGGAAAGAAUCACAGAUCCCACUAAAACCAGGGGACAAAUUAUCCGAGAACUGAAACGACAAGAAUUGAUUGAAAGUGCUAAGGAGUUGAAAAAAGCAAAAAGUGGAACACGAGCUGGACCAUGGAGAGAAGAAGAUGAACUUGAGCUGGGAGAACUGUUUGAUAGAUACAAAGAUGCUCCAGACCCGGUUGGUGCUAUUAUACCUGAGAUGUGUAAGAGACGAAGUCGACAAAAGAUAAUAGAAAAACUGCUCAGUAUGGGGCUAGUGUCUGACAGGAAAGAGUUGUUUAAGAAGCGAGGAAAGUCCGGGGCGAGGUCAAGGGGUCACUGGAAUAGGUCAGAUGAUGAAAGUGGUGAUGAAGGUAUGCGAGAACUACCAUCUGACAUUGAUGAGGGUCACAGUGACAACAAUAGUGAUGUAAGCAGUGUCAGUGGUAGCAGCUCUGAUAGUGGGGAUGAAAGUAGGCGUGGCUCUGAUGAUGACAGUGAUGAUAAUGAUUCUAAAAAUAGAUCAUCUGACUUAGCAGACAAUAUGACAGCAAUUAUUACAGGCUUAGUUGAAAAAGGUUAUAAGGAUCAGAUAGCUUGGAUACAAAGGGGACUUAAUCGCACUGCAGAUGAUCGCGAGGAGGAAGAUGAGGAUGUAGGAGUGCCGAUAGUUCCUCUAACGGAGGAGAACGAGACUGCCAUGGAGGACAAAAUGUUUCUAUCUUUCCUUAGUAAAAUUGGUCUAGCUCCACCGGCUAAUGAACAGGAGGCAUUUUGGAGAAUCCCUGCAGAAUUAAGAGUGGCUGAGCUUCGUAAUAUUGCCACAGGUUUAGUGUUAGAUGAAAAUAACCAUCCUGUUAAUGCAGACAGAAUUCAAAUAAAAAAAGUGGAGAGAAAAAAGAAACAAAAGAAAGAACGAAAGAGAAAAAAGGAAAAGGUACCAAAACAGAAGAAGAAUGCCAGCAAGUUUGCUGCUUUAAAAGAAUUGGUGAAAAAGAAAUCAGAGGCUAAGAAAACAAAAAGGAUAAGAAAAAAGCCUGCUUCUGAUGAAACUGGUUCCUUGAAUGACAGGGUAGAUUCACCGGUAAGAGAGAAUAAUACUGAGAACCAGUCCAGAAAUUCUUCAAGUAAAAAGAAGAGAGUAAAGAUGGUGUCAUCCUCUGAUAGUGAUAGUGAUGAUGAUAAGUCUGUGACCAGUCAGAGAUCAGGAGUCCAGUCUACAGUUACAGGAACACAGUCUGAUAGUGAAGCCAGGACACAGUCACCAGAGAGAAGUAUGGCUGGUUCCCAGAUAUCUCAUUCAUCACAGAAAAAGAGACUGAAGAAGAUCGUUUCAUCUGAUAGUGAGAGUGAUAAUGAUGAGCCAUUGAAAAACUUAGCAACGGAGACACAGUCUAAUUCUGACUCAGAUGAUGAUGUUCCAUUGAAAAAUUUAGCAACAGAGACACAGUCUAAUUCUGACUCUGAUGAUGAUGUACCGUUGAAAAAUUUAGCAACAGAGACACAGUCUAAUUCUGACUCUGACGAUGAUGUUCCAUUGAAAAAUUUAGCAACAGGGACACAGUCUGAUUCUGAUGAAGAUAAGGAAAACCAGUCACAGGAUUCUAAGAGUCAGCCAUUAUCAUUUUCAUCAAGCAGUGAUGAGAGUGACCAAGAAAAUGGUUCUACAAAAGGACGAGACACCCCUUCAAGCAAGUCAGCUAGUCAGUCAAGCAAGAGGUCAAGGUCAAGUGAUUCUGAGUCAGAGGUCAGCCAAGGUCAAGCUAAAAAAGCAAGAAUAAUGGAUAGUGAUAGUGAUGAUGAUAAACCAGUUCCCUCAGCCACUGAAGGUAGUUUUCCAGCAACACUAUAUACACAGGGGCAAGAGUCAGAUUCUGAUCUAGAUGAUCAUGUACCUUUGAGAAAAGUUAUACAGAAAAGGAAAAUUAUAGAAAGUGAUGAUGAUGAAUAAAGUAUUGUCUACACCCAUAAAACUCUUACUUACUUUGACAUGUGCAAGUCUUGAAAACUGUAAAUAUAUGUAAACUUAUGAACACUAUAUAUAUUAUAAACAAGAGUUAAUUUAUUUAUGAACGCUUGAUAUAUAGACAUGUGUUUACUUACACACACUGAAAUAUAUUGACCUGUGAACAUUGAAGUGUGUUAAGUUAUGAACAUUGAAAAGAUGACCUAUUGCAACUGUAGAGAUGGAAAUAAUUAUUAAUGUCAUUAACAAUACAAUAUAUUGAUGAAAGGUGACAUUAUCACAAUAACGGUACAAUUUAUAAAAACUUAUUUGUAGGCGCACAUAUUGAUUUCACUUCCCUAGACAGUGUAAUAUUUUGAACUAAAGAAAACAUUAUCAGAAAAGUUAACUUACUUGCUAUUCUUUACCAAUAUUAAUAUUAACUUAAUUGCUAUGGUAACAUGAUUAUUAAGGGGUAAAUAAUAACGUUGUUUACAAAAAUUUUCUUUAAGGUUUCUUUUUUAGCUCACCUGUCACAAAGUGACAGGGUGAGCUUUUGUGAUCGCUUUUCGUCCAGCGUCCGUCCGGCGUCCGUCCGUAAACUUUUACUUUAAAUGACAUCUCCUCAUAAACCACUAAGCCAAUUUCAUCCAAACUUCACAGGAAUGUUCCUUUGGUGGUCACCUUUAAAAAUUGUUCAAAGAAUUUAAUUCCAUGCAGAACUCUGGUUGCCAUGGCAACCGAAAGAAAAAACUUUAAAUAUCUUCUUUUAAAAAACCAUAAGAGCUAGAGCUUAGAUAUUUGGCAUGAAACAUCUUCUAGUGAGUGUCUACCAAGUUUGUUCAAAUAAAAGCCCUGGGGUCAAAAUUGGCCCCGCCCCGGGGGUCAUUGAUUUUCUUUAUAUGUGUAUAGCAAAAACUUAAAAUCUUCUUUGAAAAAAACCCAAAUAGCUAGAGUUUAGAUAUUAAGCAUGAAACAUCUUCUAGUAAGUGUCUACAAAGUUUGUUCAAAUAAAAGCCCUGGGGUCAAAACUGGCCCGGCCCCAGGGGUGUCAUUGUUUUUAACUAUAUGUGUAUAGUAAAAACUUAAAAAAAAUCUUCUUUUAAAAAGCCCAAUGAGCUAGAGCUUAGAUGUUUAGCAUGAAACAUCUUCUUAUGGGUGUCUACCAAGUUUGUGCAAAUAAAAGCCCUUCGGUUAAAUUGACCCUGCAACGUUGGGGGGGGGGGGCCUAUAUACAGGUGAGCGACCUCAGGGCCAUCAUGGCCCUCUUGUUUAAAAAAACAACAUAUUGCUUUCUGCUUGAAAUUGUGGGAAAUUGAAAUAUUUGAUGUCUUUUCUGAGAUUUUUUUUUGAAUAUAUACAUAGAUGUUACCGGAAUGUGUUUAUUUGUAUUAUCACAAUAUAUACAUUGGUAUUACCAGAAUGUGUUUAUUUGUAUUAUCACAAUAUAUACAUUUGGGUUCAGAAUGUGUUUAUUUGUAUUAUCACAAUAUAUACAUUUGUAUUACCAGAUUGUGUUCAUAUUUAUAUAAGAAUAAAGGUGUCUACCAAUA